AUGACUAAAAGCUUCCCUGCUACUAUCGCUCGAUGUUCCCUCGCGACAACCGCUCAUCGCUCAUCACCGCGGAUGCUCGUCGCCGAUGUUGCCGCUCAUUGUUUGAUACCCUUGUCGCCGCCGCCAAAUCCCAACUAUCCAUCAAUAAAGUCCAAGACACCAUGCUCCUCUCGGAUAUUGCAUGAACCUCAAACAAGAAUCAGUGAUGCCAUUGAUGAAAAUGAAAAGCUUCACAACGGAAGAGUAUCACUGAUGCUCUACCAGAAUUUUGUAAGUGUCAUGAUCGUUCUAGCAGUGGAGUUCCUUGGAGCAGUCUCCACAGAAAAGCUGACAUGGAAGCUGGUCCGAGUUUGGAUUCCUGUGAAUCUUAUAUUUGUCGGCAUGCUGGUGACGGGCAUGUAUAGCUUGAAGCACAUAAAUGUUGCAAUGGUGACAAUAUUAAAGAACAUGACAAAUAUUUUAACCGCCUUUGGGGAAAUCUAUCUUUUCAAGAAGCGCCAGAAUGGAAAAGUUUGGGUUGCUCUUUUUCUAAUGAUCGUAUCAGCUGUUAAUGGCGGCAUUACAGAUCUAUCCUUUGGUGCGAUGGGUUACACAUGGCAAAUUAUGAACUGCGUUCUUACAGCUAGCUAUUCAUUGACACUCCGAAAAGUCAUGGACACAGCGAAGCAGUCAGCCAAGUCCGGUUCAUUGAAUGAAGUUUCAAUGGUGUUACUGAACAAUUCACUAUCUGUACCAUUUGCCAUAGUCUUGAUCAUUCUCUCAGAUGAAUGGGGAUAUGUCUCUAAGUCAGACGUUAUCCAGCUACCUAUGUUUUGGGUUGCUGCUACAGUAAGUGGAUUGCUUGGACUGGCCAUUAGUUUUACAUCAUUGUGGUUUCUAAACCAAACAAGCCCCACUACUUACAGUUUGGUGGGAUCAUUAAACAAGAUUCCAAUAUCAAUCUGUGGUAUUUUGCUCUUCAAGGUCCCUGUGAGCUUGCCAAACUUGUUUAGUAUACUGUUCGGUUUAUUUGCUGGUGUAUUCUUCGCUAAGGCCAAAAUGUCCUGAUUACUUGUGAAGCCGAAAAAGCCGAUAAUGU